GGGGGAGCGGCCGGCGCGGCUCGGGGGGCGCCGAGGCCGGAGCCGGGACUGGAACCGGGGCCGGUGUCGGCGUCGGCCAUGGCCUCCAUCCUGGACGAGUACGAGGAUUCCCUACACCGCUCCGCCUCUGUGCAGCAGAGCCGCGCCAGCGUGGGCAUCCCGCACUCCGGCUAUGUGAAUGCACGACUGGAGAAGGAAACACCAAUAUUUAACAAGCAAAGGAUUGAUUUUGCUCCUCCAGAGAAAAUUAACAGCUUAGUGGUCUCCUCUAACCAGCUCUGUAUGAGCCUUGGCAAAGACACCAUUCUCAGGAUUGAUCUUGGGAAGCCAGAUGAACCUAAUCAGGUAGAGCUGGGACGCAAAGAUGAAGCCAGAGUCUACAAGAUGUUUUUGGACCACACAGGCUCCCAUCUCCUGAUUGCUCUGAACACCAGUGAAUGCCUUUACCUGAACAGAAGUGUUCAGAAAGUGCGGGCACUCUCUCGCUGGAAAGGACACUUGAUUGAAAGUGUGGGCUGGAACAAAUUUCUUGGUUCAGAGACCAACACUGGGCCCAUCCUGGUGGGGACAUCCCAGGGGCAGAUCUAUGAGGCUGAAAUCUCUGUCAGCGAAGGAAGCCUCUUCAGCACUAACCCUGACCAGUACUUCCGACAGGUCUACACUCUGGAGGAGGAAUCAGGACCUGCCCCAGUCUGCUGCUUGGAGAUUGAACGAGGGAUAGAAGGGAAAUUUUUUAUUAUCGCAACCACUAGGAAGAGACUCUUCCAGUUUGUUGGCAAAGUGCCUGAAGGAACAGAGCAGCAAGGCUUCAGCUCCAUAUUUGCUAUGCAUGCUGACCAUUUGCCCAGCUUUCGGGAGUUUCCGGCCAACUUGGGAUUCAGUGAGAUAGCCUUUUACACUCCAAAACUGCGCUCCAACCCACGCUCCUUUGCCUGGAUGAUGGGAAAUGGUGUUUUAUAUGGUACGUUGGAUUAUAGUCGUCCUGAUUCCAUUUUGAGUGAUGAACGGGUCUGGGUUUAUCCUUCUGAUAUUGACAUAACUGUGAACAAGCCAAUAUCCAUUGUACUUACCCAGUUCCACUUCCUGUUGCUGCUGCCUGACCGGGUGAAGGCUGUAUGCACUCUGAAUGGGCAGGUUGUUUUCCAAGAUCUCUUCCUGGAGAAGUUUGGCCUGCUGACGUGCAUGAUCAAAGAUCCCACAGUCCAGCAGAUAUGGAUCCACACUGAGAAAGUAGUGUUCCGCUACCAUGUCCAACGGGAAUCUAGAGAUGUGUGGAAGAUGUAUAUGAAUAUGAACAAAUUUGAUUUAGCUAAAGAGUAUUGUAAGGACCGUCCAGAGUGUCUAGAUAUUGUACUGGCAAAGGAGGCAGAGCACUGUUUCCAAAACAAGAGGUAUCUAGACAGUGCCAAAUGUUACGCACUGACCCAGAACUACUUUGAGGAAAUUGCUCUGAAGUUCAUUGAAGCCAAGCAAGAAGAGGCCCUGAUGGAGUUUCUGAUUAAGAAGCUAAGUAACCUAAAACCUUCAGAGAAGACACAGACCACUCUGCUGACCACGUGGUUGACAGAGCUGUACCUGAACUGGCUGGGUAUAUUGGAAGGAGAUCCCUCACAGCGAAAUCUCUAUUUAGAUACACGGGAGAAGUUUCGCACUUUCCUGAGCAGUCCUAAAAACAAAGACUGUCUUUUUAAUAAUCGGGCAUCUAUUUAUGAGCUGUUGGCAAGCCAUGGAGACACAGAGCACAUGGUGUACUUUGCAGUCAUCAUGCAGGAUUAUGAGCGUGUAGUAGCUCACCACUGCCAGCAUGAUGAGUACGAUGAGGCUCUAAAUGUGUUGUCCAGGCACAGAGACGAGAAGCUGUUCUACAAGUUCUCUCCAGUUCUCAUCCAGCAUAUUCCCAAGAAGGUAGUUGAUGCUUGGAUUUCUAUGGGCUCUAGACUGGAUGCCAGGAACCUCAUUCCAGCCCUUGUUAACUAUAGCCAGAGUGCCAGCACCCAGCAGAUCAAUGAAGCCAUUAGAUAUAUGGAGUUCUGUGUCUAUCAGUUGGAGGAAACCCAGCAAGCCAUUCACAACUACCUGUUGUCUCUUUAUGCUUUAUGUCGGCCAGACUCACUGCUAUCAUACCUGGAGCAAGCAGGAACCAACCCAAACAGGAUCCACUAUGACCUGAAGUAUGCAUUGCGCCUGUGUGCAGAGCAUGGGCACCACCAUGCAUGUGUCCAUAUUUACAAAGUGAUGGAAUUAUAUGAGGAGGCUGUGGAUCUCGCUUUACAGGUGGAUGUUGAUCUUGCCAAGUCCUGUGCAGAUCUUCCUGAAGAUGAUGAGGAACUCCGAAAGAAGCUGUGGUUGAAGAUCGCUCGGCAUGUUGUUCAGGAAGAGAAGGAUGUCAAGAAGGCAAUGGCCUGCCUGUCCAGUUGUGCCCUGCUGAAGAUUGAAGAUGUGCUGCCAUUCUUUCCAGACUUUGUCACUAUUGACCAUUUCAAGGAGGCAAUCUGUAACUCGCUGGAGGACUACAACAAACACAUUGAGGAGCUGAAAAGGGAGAUGGAGGAAGCCACACAGAGUGCCAAGAGGAUCCGAGAGGACAUCCAAGAAAUGAGAAAUAAGUAUGGGUCUGUGGAACCUCAGGAAAAAUGUGCUGCUUGUGACUUUCCACUUCUAAACCGCCCUUUUUACCUUUUCCUGUGUGGUCACAUGUUUCACUAUGACUGUCUCCUCCAAGCAGUUUUCCCAAACCUUCCUGCCUAUAAGCAGGCAAAACUUGAAGAUCUUCAGAAGAAGCUGGCAGCUACCAGUCAGCCGUCCAAGAGCCACCAUCGUCCCAAGGAUGCAGAUACCAUUAGCCUGGGGAAGGGGCAGCAUAGUCGGGAACAGAUCAAAGCUGACAUUGAUGAUAUCGUGGCAGCAGAAUGUGUGUACUGUGGUGAGCUGAUGAUCCGAUCCAUUGACAAACCUUUUAUUGAUCCCCAAAAGUAUGAAGAGGAGAUGCAAAGCUGGCUGUAGUUUUUCCGAAUCUGCAGCUGUCAGUGUGUGAGAGUGGUUUUGUUCACAACUUGUGAAACUUCUGUGGUGGCAGUAUAACCUCCAGGAGCAGGAAUACGGUGGCUUCUGUGGAACUCUAAGGAGAGUAGUGGGGUCUUUUUACCAGGAUUACAGAGAAGUAGUCCUGAAAAAUGGGGAGAUACAGCUAUGGCUGUUUAAGAACUUGAGCAAUAGUUAGAACUAACUUACAUCCUGGAAUAUAUUUAGCAGAUGUUUGCUGCUUGCAGUUCUUCUGAGGUUCUCAAUGGGAAGCUAAUGGAGUGUCUUGUUGUCCAGAAGGAAUUGAGAAUAGCCCAUGAUUUGUCUUCCCUGUUGUGUGGUAUUUGUUUUGGUGAAGACAAGCUUAAAGGGAAAGAUAGUGAAGGACGCUAAGCAAUGUAGUCUUCAUUUAUCACUUUCAAAGCUGGAAUUGUCAUCUGUUUCCUUUUUGCUGAGAAUCUUUAACCACAUACAUGGGAGGAACAUGAAAGGACAAAUGCUCUUGCGUAUGUAUUUUGUAAACAUCAUGCUACACAAAUACAUGUUUCUAUGCAAUGGCGAUGUAAGAAUGUGUAUAAUUCUCAAGCAGGAGUGUCUCAUAAUACACUAAAAUAAUUUGCCUGCAAUUCAA